AUGCACAACCUCUCUGCUCAGCCCUGGCAGGCAAAGAUGGCCAACCUGACCUAUGACAACUUCACCCUGGGCAACCACUCCGAGGUAGCCAUCCAGCCUCCCACCAACUACAAGACAGUGGAGUUGGUUUUCAUUGCCACAGUCACCGGCUCGCUCAGCCUAGUCACCGUGGUGGGGAACAUCCUGGUGAUGCUGUCCAUCAAGGUGAACCGCCAGCUCCAGACUGUCAACAACUACUUCCUCUUCAGCCUGGCCUGCGCAGACCUCAUCAUUGGGGUCUUCUCCAUGAACCUCUACACGGUCUACAUCAUCAAAGGCUACUGGCCGCUGGGGGCCGUGGUGUGCGACCUGUGGCUGGCCCUGGACUAUGUGGUGAGCAAUGCCUCUGUCAUGAACUUACUCAUCAUCAGCUUUGACCGGUACUUCUGUGUCACUAAGCCCCUGACGUACCCAGCCAGGAGGACCACCAAGAUGGCGGGGCUAAUGAUCGCGGCUGCAUGGAUAUUGUCCUUCAUUCUCUGGGCCCCUGCCAUCUUGUUCUGGCAGUUCAUUGUGGGCAAGAGGACAGUCCCUGAGAGGGAAUGCUACAUCCAGUUCCUCUCCAACCCGGCGGUGACCUUCGGCACGGCCAUCGCUGCUUUCUACCUGCCUGUGGUCAUCAUGACGGUGCUGUACAUCCACAUCUCCCUGGCCAGCAGGAGCAGGGUGAGGAGGCACAAGCCUGAAAGCAGGAAAGAGAGGAAAGGCAAGUCCCUCAGCUUCUUCAAGGCCCCCCUGAUCAAACAGAACAACAACAACUCCCCCAAGGGGGGCGUGGAGGUGAAGGAGGAGGUGAGGAAUGGGAAAGUGGAUGACCAGCCCUCAGCACAGACAGAGGCCACUGGCCAUCAGGAGGAGAAGGAGACUUCCAACGAGUCCAGCACGGUCAGCAUGACCCAGACCACAAAAGACAAGCCCACAGCAGAAAUCUUGCCAGUGGGGCAAGGACAGAGCCCAUCCCACCCCCGGGUGAACCCGUCUUCCAAGUGGUCCAAGAUUAAAAUUGUCACCAAGCAGACUGGGACCGAAUGCGUCACCGCCAUUGAGAUUGUCCCAGCUAAGGCAGGAGCCUCUAACCACAAUUCCCUGGCCAACAGCCGCCCGGCCAAUGUCGCCAGGAAGUUUGCCAGCAUCGCUAGGAGCCAAGUACGGAAGAAGCGCCAGAUGGCAGCCCGGGAGAAGAAAGUCACCCGGACCAUAUUUGCUAUCCUGCUAGCCUUCAUACUCACAUGGACUCCAUACAACGUGAUGGUCCUCAUUAACACCUUCUGUGAGACCUGCGUACCCGAAACGGUGUGGUCCAUUGGCUACUGGCUCUGCUAUGUCAACAGCACCAUCAACCCAGCCUGCUAUGCCCUCUGCAAUGCCACUUUCAAGAAAACCUUCAAGCACCUUCUCAUGUGCCAAUACAGGAACAUUGGCACAGCCAGAUAA